UAUAUAUAUAUAUAUACACACUAUGACAGUCACAGACCCUUAGGCAGUUAACCUGUUUUGUGAUAAACCCAUUUGAGACACCAUCUUUUACAACAAAUCCUCUUGACUUCUUCAACAAAACCAUGAAAAAAACCAGAGGUUUAAGGCUUAAACACAAGCUCGUAAAGGUAUGUAGAUGGUUCACCCAUGGAAGAACAAAGCCCAGAACCACCUACGUACGAUUGAACCCGUGGAGCUGUACCUCCAGAGCCAUGUCGAUUCUCUGCAACUGGAGUCGUUACCUGAGAGAUGGAGCUAAAGAUCUCUGCUUCUCAAAACCCAACUCGGGUUGCAUUCGGGUUGACCAAGAACCGGCUGAGACAAAACCGAUGAGUGUACCAAAGGGACACUUGGCCGUGUACGUGGGAGAGAAUGAAGAUGACACGUGUAGAAUAUUGGUGCCUGUGAUAUACUUCAAUCACCCUCUGUUUGGGGACUUGUUAAAAGAAGCAGAGAAGGUGUACGGGUUCCAUCAUUCGGGUGGGAUCCAGAUACCCUGUCGGAAAUCCGAAUUUGAGAGUGUUAAAAUGCGGGUUGCCGUUUCUGCCGGUAACCGCCGUAGAUGGUGGAGGAUGAGGAAUAGUCAUUAG